UUACCACCUCUAGUUUACUUUAAUGUUUUUAUUUAUGAGUUGAAACGUAAACAAUUAAUAUCAGUGUCACAUAGUCACUUGAUGCCUCUCUCUCCACCUUAUUUACUUGUAAAAAUAUUCAUCUCUCCUCUUCUUCUCUUCUCUGGUUCCUUUGUUGAGGUUUUUGUUAAAUACUUAUUUUGUUGCAGGAGAUUUAGUCAGAAACUUGUUCAAGCUGGGUACUACAUAAGACUAUCUGAACAUAUCUUAUAGAAUCAAUGGAAACAAACCAGUGGAAAUCGAAGAAAAAGAUAGAAUCUCCUGCAGAAACACUCCAAGCUUCUUCUAGAAAAAGCAGAGGACAGGCACGUAUGGUUCCUCCAGGAAAUGGAGUUAGUAGACCCGAGAGAGCUCGAAAAAGUCUAAACGAGAAGCUAGACACUGUAGCCUUAAACACUCCUAAGAAAGAUGUUCCUGUGAAUCUUUAUGGCGAAAAAGGUUUGGUAGAUGAGAUUUUCCUGGAAGAUGAAGAGAUGGGUCUUGAGACUGGUUUGGGGGAUGGUGAGUCAUCGCCUUUCUGUGGUGUAUCGGAUAAGCUUCUGCAGCGAAUUGAGCUUCUUGGGAGAGACCAUGAGUCAAAGAGACUUGAUAACAGCACUUUCAGGUCAAUCGAAACUAUGAAAAAGAGACAAGAAUCGUCGGCCGUUGAUGAACUAAUUGAGAUGAAGACAAAGAUUCAAACUUUGGCUGCGGAGAACUCUCAGCUUAAGAAGUCUCUUGUGGCUAAAGAAGAGCUUGUGGUAAGCCUACAAGAACGUAAGUUUCAGGUGGAAUCAGAAUUCGAAACGUUAAUGACUAGAUUAGAUUCAACGGAGAAAGAAAACGCAUUCUUGAGAUAUGAGUAUACCGUUCUUGAGAAGGACCUCGAGACAAAAACAGAGGAAACAGAGCAUACUCGCAAGUCUAUGGAGUUAACGCAUAAACAACAACUUAGAAACGUAAACAAGAUUGUUGAGCUUGAAGCUGAAUGCCAAAGGUUAAGACUACAGUUUCGAAAGAAGUUUCCGGAGAGGUCUAUAUCGAUGAGGAACGAAAGUGAAGAAAAGAAGAUGGAGAUGAAAAGAAGAAGCGCGAAUAAGAGUGAUUUGAUGAUGAGAGAUGAAGCUCAGAACCGGAAGCUUAAGUAUGAUCUUUUGAUGGAGCAGAUUGGGAAUGUUAGAGCAGAGAACAAGAAUCUAAUGGACAUAAUUAUGAAGAAAAACAUGGAGAUCAAAGAUCUUAGCCGCGGGCAGAAACCGUUAGACGCUUCAAGUUUCGAUAUUAGAAGUGAAAACAGUGUGAUGAGCCCUUCUGGUUCCAAGGAGAUGAUGUUACUGAUGGAUGAUUUUAAUGAGAUGGAGAAGUUAGCCAUUGUGUGUACUGAGAAAAAGCCAAGAGUGGGUGAUGAAAAGGAAGGAUCUUUUGAUUGGAUUCAAGUUGUUUUGAGCGCUAUAACGAAGCAAGAGAGGAUAUCAAAACGCGGUGUUAAAGAACUCUUACAAGACAUCAAGAUUGCUUUAGGAUGUAUGGAUGAAAAUGAUAAUGCAGAGAGAAAAAACGGUGGAGAAGAUCCUCUUUGCAUCGCAUGGAAAUCUACUAGCGAAUCGGGUUCAAUGACUAAGGAUGAGAUCAAGAGACAUUUGAGUCUAACAAAAGCAGAUGAGGUGAAGAAGAUUGAAUGUGAUGAACUGAGAUGUAAGCUUGAAGAAUCAGAAGAGAAGAUUAAAAACUUAGAAGCAGAGAUAAAGUCGUUGAGAGAGUGUAAAGAAAAGGUAGAGGCAGAGUUGGAAACGGAGAUUUCAAUGAAGGAUGAUCUUGAUACAAAGCUAAACAUAACCAGCGCUAAGCUCAAUGAGACACAGAAGAAGUUGUCUUCUCUUGAAGUUGAACUUGAUUACAGGAAGAGCUGUUGUGAAGAACUCGAAGGAACUUGCAUCGAGCUUCAGCUUCAAUUACAAAGUGUUGAAACAAAGAAACUGACGCACAGAAACAAAAACGGAUGGGAUAGAGCUUCUGUGAAGUUAUCAGAAUGUCAAGAAACGAUUACCAAUUUACGGAAGCAACUAAGAGCGUUAUCUACAACAGAAACAAGCAGAGAAAACUCGUCCUCCUGCAAAGGAGAGGAUGAUACUACUAAAAGAGUUGCUCCUCAUGAUGAUGAUGGUGCUGGUAACCAUUACAAUGCUUUGAUCGUGUACGAACCAGUGAAGGCGAAAGGCGAGAAGAAUGAGAUGGUUCAAAGAAAGAAGCAAGGAUUAGGGUUCUUGAAGAAGAUGUUGUUCAGGAGGAAAAGAGUGAGCAGCAAGAAAUGUCUUGCCUUGACUAUGUGAUGAAAGAAACUAAAAUAAAAGGGUUUCUUAUUAAUAAGGGCUUUUUGUCUAUGUGUGUAUUGUGAAGAGUGAAGUGAACUGCUUGUGGGUAUGUUUGUGUCUCUUGAGGUAUGAUGAGCUUAGACUCUUUUCUCAUAAUGUGUUCAAUCCAAACUUAGUUUCAAUAUC